AUACUAUAUCAGAGUAAUCAGACGAUUUGACAGAAACGCUGGUCGUGUACACACAUUUGGCGAUACUCUAAUAUAAUUACUUAUGUUUAACUAUAACUUCGUUUUACUACCUAUUGCCACGCCUUGUGUAAUCGUUCGCAAUACGAGUUUAGCUUAGCUCUAAUAUCUGUAUUAUAUCCCCCGUACCUGAUCCAACCCGAAUCUCUGCAGUCCAUGGAUAACGACAUUUCUACAGCCGGUUCCAUCGGUGCCACUGUUCUGGACUUGCCAUUGAACCGAUCGGAGGCAGUCACAACGGACUACUCGCCAGAUGACGAGGACCUGGACGAAGCAGCCGCUGCUGCCGCCGCCGCGUCAGAGGCAACUCGUGACACUUUGGCUGAUGGCUUGGUUGCCAGUUUGCUCAGGCCGUGUGUUGACCGAUUGGAUGCGUCCGUCCAGUGCACUAGACUGAGCCAACUUGAUUUGAAACUACAGCUUGACUCGUUAGCUACAGAGCUCAAGCGCCUGUCGUUAGCACAACAAGACUACUUGUUUGCUACAACAUCAAUAUCAUCACCACAGUUGCCAGUCUCUGCUGACAAGACCACUUUAUCUACAGCGAUUGCUACAACAAAGACCACUACUGACACAUGUGUCCUACUAGAUGGGUAUGCUCGUAGAUUGUGUGAUGCACGUGCCAAGAUAGCCGUUGUGGGAAAUAUACUUGAGUCUACACAGGAACGCUUACGAGCACUCUCUCAUCGAAUAGGUCGUGAGCACAAUAAUCGGCGAUCACUCUUAGAGCCCCAAGCUGUAGUAAUUGGUGUGGAAGAUGAACUGGAAUUGGAGGAAGAAAAUGAUAAAAAUAAUGAUGUGGAAGAGGAAAUAAACGACAACAAUGAGGAAGAUCAACCAAAUAAGCAUCUCACAAAUUCCAACGAUGAUAACAAAGAGGAAGAACAACCUGGGGAAGAUGCUACAGUGAUUACAAUAUCACCAGCAGCAUCAGAAAUUCCAAAAAAGUCAUGAUGAAUCAUUAGUCAUGCUGGCUCAAUGGUGUCCAGGCAGAUAUAGUGCUUCGUGACCUGCUGACGUUGAUGUGGCAGCUUGAAUUUAUCGCUGCUAUCAUUCUAUCAGAAACCAUCAUUCUAAAUACAUCAUGAAUUGUUAUUGAUAAUUUCGUUUGGUGGAAGCUCUGUGAGCAGGUCCUUGGCAUGGUGCUAGCUCUUGGACCAUAACACUCCAUCCAUCGGAUUAAUUAGCCAUCUACCAGGUGAACCAGCAUCUAGAACUGCACAGAUAUAUUGCAGUACUUGUUUUAUUAUCAUUCCAAUAUGUAUAAUUGUUCUUAACAUAAAUCAUAAUAUCAGAAUAUGUAAAAUAUAAUUAAUUCAUUACAAACAUAGUAUAUUGUUGUACCAUGUGCACAAAUAACAUGUUAAAUUUUACUUGGAUAUAUUUUUUUUUUUAAUAUAUUUGUUAUUAUAUAAAUUUGUUUAUUCAACUAUAA